UCUUUUCAAAAAUUGAAUAAUAUUAUUACUGUACGCUACCUGUUACUAUUAUUAUUAUUAUGAUUCGUUAAUCGUUAUUAUUUAUUGAGAUCUACGUAAAUCUUCGUCAACGUCUAUCAGCCGUGAGCAGAACGACGACAGAUCACGACGACUGCGAUUCGACACCGACAAAGAACGUAUUAAAUGAGCAACACCUCUUCAUCCUGUCCAGCUAAUACGUUGAAUAAAUAACAACAGCAUAUAUUUCCGACGUCCAGGGGUUACAUGGUAGGUAUACACCAUGCACAGUCAGUGGUGAUGUGUUUAGUUUGGAUGCUUCGACGAUAUUGUCUCUGCCAUAACUGUUUGUCCGGUGGUUGUCUGUCGACUGAGUUUUACGCUAUAGGUUUAGUUUGAAUCAGAGACCUCAAAAAUCAUGGACUGGAAGGCAGUCAUACGCCAGCAACUGGAGAGCAGAAACUCCAGAGAGACGGCCAGCUUUCAAAAUCUAAUCAAUUUCUAUAACAAAAUUUAUGACAGUUCAAUUUUGUUGCGAGCCCAAAACAUUCAGCUAGAAUCCCAAAUCAUACGUGGUAAUACUGGUGGUGAUUUUGUGUACUCAGAAAAAAUAUCGGCUUUAGAACAAAAAUUGCUUGUGCAACAAGAAGAAUUGACCGAAUUACAUCGUAGACGAGGGGAAAAUGCUCAAAUGAUAAUAGAUUUAAAUGCAAAAUUACAAUUGACUGAGAAAACACUUACAAGUAAAAACAACAGUUUGACUGACAAUUUAAAGUUAGUUGCUAGUUUACGAGCAGAAAUAUCUUUAUACCAGAAAAAUAACUCGGAGCUAAAACAAUUAAAUCAAGUUCUCAAAGAUGAACACCAAGCACUACAAUUGGCUUUUACUAAACUUGAAGAGAAAUUACGGGCCUUUCAAGAUGAAAACAGAGAACUCGUGGUCAGGUUAAUGACUUAUAAAUCUAAGGACGCCGAGAAGUUGAACGAGGAAAACGACCAUCUAGUCAGAGCACGAAAUGCCAUUAUGCAAAAUGAACUUAAAGAAGCAGCAAACGAUAUGCGUGGUGUAACCGCAGAAUGUUUGACAACUGCUGUUAGCAAUAGUAUUGGUCCGAUUAUGUCAUCUCCAUGUGCCAUGCCUAGCAAAGCUACCAUUCGAUUUGACGCUCACGAUGGUGUUGUAAGUGCUGUGAAAUGGAGUCCAGUAGAUCGAAUGGUAGCAACUGGAGGGGAAGACCGUAAAGUGAAGCUGUGGGAUGUGUCUAAAGGUGUUGCUGAAUGCAAAGGGAUGUUGAUUGGUAGUAAUGCAGGUGUCAUGUCAGUUGAGUUUGACAGCACAGGUGGACAAAUAGUGGCAGCAUCUAAUGAUUUGGCAUCACGUGUUUGGACAGUAAAUGAUCAACGACUUAGGCACACUCUGACCGGACACUGCGCCAAAGUGAUGGCUGCCAAGUUCAUGGGCGAACCCAGCAAAGUGGUGACCGGCAGCCACGACCGCACGCUGAAGAUAUACGAUCUACGCAUCAGGGCAUGCGUCGAGACCAAGUUCGCCAUGUCCAGUUGCAACGACCUGGUCACAUCGGAGACCGUCGGCACGACCAUCAUGAGCGGCCAUUUCGACAAGAGGAUACGGUUCUGGGACACGAGGACCGAGAAGCCGCAUACGGAGAUCGAGGUCCAAGGACGGGUCACGUCUUUGGACUUGUCCAGAGAUUGUAAUUACCUAUUGAGCUGUGUCCGGGACGACACCCUGCGGCUGGUUGAUCUCAGGACGAACAAAAUAAUCAACACAUUCGAGGCUGACGGAUUCAAAGUGGGUUGCGAUUGGACGAGAGCUGUAUUCAAUUUGGAAUACGAUCACGUGGCCGUGGGAUCCUCCGAUGGAUCUGUGUUCAUAUGGGCCGUGUCGAAUCCCGAAAAACCACUUGUUGUAUUGAGGAACGAACACAGCGCACCUGUGACGGCCGUGUCUUGGCAUCAGUUUACCAACCACGUGGCCAGCGUGGACCGAUCCAGGAGAGCAGUGGUCUGGGCCGACGUUUGACACAAGCUGUGGAUCCGGUGGUUUGUUUUUUCUUAUUACUGUUCACAGUCUACUGCUGCAACAAUCGCGUGUAUUUUCCUUAUUUUUUUUUUUUUUUAAUAUAUUUACCAUUUAAACAAAUUAAAGAAAAAAAAAU